AAAAAUGUCACAGUAUCGAUCAUAAUCCUGAAUUUAUCAGCAGAAAUCCAUGUUUUGAAGUCAGCCAAUCAGCGUCGUUCAGCAAUUCAGCAUUCAGUAAAAAAAUUCAGCGUUUUAGUAUUACCCACCUACAACCAGAAUAGCAAUGAAAAGUUACAACCAAUUUUAAAUUGGGGAAGUUAUCGAAGGAUCGGUCACUUUGGACAAGACUAUAAAGUCCUUUUUUUUUGUUUUUUAAUCUGAAGUUCGUAGUAUUGAAACGUCCGACACAAGCUACAAAUAAAAAGUUCAGAUUGCAGAAGGCGAUAAGCCCGGAGGAGUUUUGCAAGUUUUUUUAUUCUGUAUAUCCUUAUCUUUUCAAUGUCGGUUUCAAAUCAGAUUUCCAAUUCCAUCUAUGUAAAAAUUUUAUUCUGUGCAAUUCGCCUCUUUAAAUUUGGGAAGAAAUGAUCAAAAGUAGUUGUACUUUAUACGGCAGAACUUCUGAGGAUUUUUAAUAUUUAGUCUUUAUCCUUUCUCACAUUUCAAAAAAUGGACGAAAGUUCCAUUAGAGUCUGAAGGAUGACAUGAACUGUAUUUGAUUUCGUAGUGAAAGAGGAGGAUAAAACUUCUUAAAUGAAUAUCUACUCAACUUCAACGAUAGUUAGUGUUCAUACAACACUAACUCUCGUUGAAGUUGAGUGAGUGAUUAUUGAUUCACGAAAAGUGAGAAUCAUCAAAGGUCCCCGACCUAUGAUAACAGUGACUCGACCCAAACAACAACAAAAAGAAACGAUAAAUAGAAAAAUAAAAAGUAAAACGAGUGUAUGAAGCAGAGAGAGAGAAAAGAAAGGAUAAAAACAAAAUAAAAGUAACAGUACUGGGUUUGUUUUUAACAUUACCUAUGGCUAUGUUCUAUUGUAAAGAUGUUGAGAUAAAGUUAUUUUAAAUGACAAUAAAAAGGAAGAACUAAUGACUGAUUCUGGAAGAUUAUUCCAGUCAGUGACAGUUGAGUGAAAGAAGGAAGACGAAACUGUUUGUAGAGAAUAAUCGUUUACAGGAAAUGGAAUACGAACUUUGAAUAAAAUUAUUGGCGGAAAAUUCAAGGCGAUAUCAUAAAAAUAAUAUUAACAGGAAAACAUAAAUAAAAAAUAUUGAGAAAAGCUUAACAUCAGUGUUUGAGUAUUGUUCCUUUUCUUUCGUUGAAAUUAUCCAGUCGACUAAUAUGUCUGACAUAUUUGUUGGUUUUCUAAGCAAUAUUUUGUUUAUUUGUUUAGAUGUCUGAUUUGCUAUCAUCUUCUACUCAACGUUUAACUCGUCAGAAAGAGUCCACAUUACGUGGCUCUUAUAUCAUUGAUGAUUCGCAACGUCUACGUCGUCAUCAAAAACUUUUAGAAACGUUAGAACAAGAUAAUUUUCAAGAGGAUCCAUUAGCUCAACUCGAUUCACAUAGUCCACAUUCAUCAACAUUGCAAGGAGCAUCAUCUCGUCUGUCGAAAGGACUCGUAUUAGAAGAUGAAAACAAUUCAUUGACACCAGCAGAUUCAACGACCACUCCUAGUCAACGUGGACCAAAACGUCGCAAAUUACAAUUAAAAUAUGAUGUAUUUAAAACUAGAUUUCGUAAAAACUUGCAAACUCUAUUAGAUGAAGAACAAAAAUUAUCAACCGAUGAUUCGAAAAUAAAUUAUUUCUCUAUUCAAGCUCAACCAUCCAGAUAUCCACCUGUGAAGCUUUGCAGUAAAAUGUCGCAAACUCAUACAAUAUUAUUAUUGCAAUCGACAACUAAAUUAGAUUCACGUACAUAUAGUGAUUAUGAAACGGUUGAUGAAUGUUUAGACGGCAUAUGUAAAGUAUUUGAAGAACAUUUAAAAAAGCGUAAUCCAAUGUCACCAUCAAUAACAUAUGAUAUAUCGGAAUUAUUUGAUUUUAUUGAUCAAUUAGCCGAUUUGUCAUGCUUAUGUUUACAAAAAGCAACCGGCACAUAUAAACCACAUAAUAAAGAAUGGAUUAAACAAGAAAUAUUUCAGUUGCUAAGAAAACAAGCUGCUGGUGCAAAAUAA